ACCGGCGAGAAUGGAACCGGAGCAGAAGAAAAGAAAGUUCAAGCCGCCGCCGCACAAGUCGAAGACUGCAGGUGGACCAAAAAAUGCGGUGUCUUCCCGAUGAUGACCUCGGUGCCGCCUCCCCCUGUUGUCAGCUUAGCAAUUGGGGGAAUUAGCUGGAAUUCCGGCCUGCCAUCAAUGAAUAUCUCGCCGUCCCACCACUCCGCAAACAUGCAAAGUCAGCCGAGAACUUGUGUUGGUGGCGGGUGAAGAAGACGGAGAUGGAGGAGUUGCGGCAGAGUUUGAUUUUGGAGAUGUGGUUUGGCGAAAUCGGGUCAAUCAUUGAGGUGAAGGUCGAUUACUAGCAGGUCGGAGGUUUUGGGCUCUGAGUUUCGUUUUUGGAUCUCAUGAAUUUGGUGUAGGAGCCAUUGUUACUCUGCUGGUGUGAGAAGAAGGAAGUGUAAGGAAUGAGAAGGGAAGGUGAAUUAGGAAUCUAUUAUUGUCUAGUGGC